AUGCAGCUGGUGGCGCCGAGGAAGUCGACGUGUACCGCGGCGGUCGGUGGACCUGUCAUCCUUGACAGCGUUCGUAUCAAGACAUGGACCAGGGACAUCGGCUCCAGGUUGCGCCUUGUUCCGUGGGCUCCAGUGGUGCUCUGGGCGUGCCGCACACGGCCCGCUCUGCGGCGCGUCCGCCGAUGGGCUCACCCACGGAUGAGGGUCUUCGGGAUCUCAGAUGUGCAUACCGACUGGAAGGAGAACCUCGACCAUCUGGCAGCGCUACCUGUCGGGCCCUUCAAGCAGGAUGCGCUGCUAGUGGCAGGCGACGUCUCUCAUGACCUUGGAGUCCUCAAAAGAACCAUGGAGCUCUUGCUGCAGCGAUUUGCGCACGUCUUCUUUGUGCCUGGCAAUCAUGACGUCUAUGUCAGCAGUAGCAAGGACAGCAUUGAGUGCUCGCUGGAGAAACAAGAGAGGCUGCUGGACGAGUGCACCCGCAUGGGAGUUUGGACUCGACCUGUACGCUUUGCUUCCGAGAAGCUGACCAUCGUGCCCCUGCUGUCAUGGUACCAUAAGGAGUUCGACUCAGAGCCGGACGUCCCCGUAUGGUCGACAGCCGCAGCGCGAAGACACAGUCGGACAGCGUUGCUCGGGGACGAGAUCGAGUGCAGCUGGCCUAGCUGGCUCGGCUCCUCGGCGGCAGAGCGCAACCUCAACUUGGCGCGGUUCUUUGAUGCAGCAAACGACAACCAUGUGACGAAGGAGGCCUCGUCGAACGUGCAGUUGGUGAGCUUCGAGGAGGCGGUGGCAGCAAGGAAACGCGGUGAGCAGGUGGUGUCCAUGUCUCACUUCUUGCCGCGGCUGGAGCUUCUACCCGAGAAGCGCUUUCUCUACUUCCCGCAGUUGACUCAAGCCUCCGGCUCCCGCUUCCUCGCGGAGCGCCUGGCACGCCUCCAGCCAACGCUUCACCUCUUCGGCCACACGCACUUCGCAUGGGACCAGACACUGGAGGGUGUGCGCUUCCUCCAAGCCGCGCUGGGCUCACCGGCGGAGCGCCAGCUCCGGAAACGGGUGCUGCACCUGGAGGGUGGGGUCCCCACACUUCUUUGGCGGGGAGCCGGGGCCCCGCUGCCUGCGCCCAAAGCGGCGCUGUGGUCGGACUACUACGCUCGCUAUCGCCGGGAGCCACGCAGCCCUGUUCCGGGACCGUGGCUGCGCUUUGGGCGGCGGCGGCGCAAGUCUCGGGUGCGGCAGGACGCUGACGCCGGAAGUGCCACGGUGUGUCUGGUCUGGGACUUGGGCGAAGAGCCAGACGAGCAGAUGGAGCUCUUGAGCUCGGAUGAGCGACGUCGGGCUGAGAGUUUCAGCUCUGAUGGUGCGAGGAAGCGAUUCGUUUGGAUGCGCGCUUCCUUGCGAUGCCUGCUGGCGGAGCGCUUGGGGCUCGACGCAGCGAGCAUCAAGUUUCAGUACGGCAUGCAUGGCAAGCCGUCGUUGGCCAUGCCUCUGGCUGCGCAGCGCUGCAGUUUCAGCGUGUCGCAUUCUGGAGAGGUGGGCGCGCUCCUGGUGUAUUCGCCAAAGCAGACGGGUCCAGGAGAGGCCUUGCCUGUUGGAAUCGAUGUCGAGCUACAUCGGCCAAGGCCUUUCCGCAGAUUGGCCCAGCGAUUCUUCACGGCUUCUGAAGUGUCGGCGUUAGACGAGGUGUCCUCGGAUGCUGCCCAGGCCCCCGGCUUAGCCGAACGCUUCUUCGGGAUGUGGACGAAGAAGGAAGCUUGGCUCAAGGCCAAGGGCACCGGCCUCGCAGGCGGUCUUCACAACUUGGACUGCUCUGCGACGGGAGAUGUGGAAGCGACGAUGGAGACGGCUGUCUCCGAGCCAGUGAAGUACACCGUGUCCACGUUGCAGGAGAUUCCUCUGCAGCAGUACAGCUUGUCCAUUGCUUUGCCAUGUGGCACGCCGUUGCGCUUUGACAACAUGUCAAAGGUGGGCUGGCCGUACAUGCUGCGCGUUUGCAGGGCAGCGUGUGCAGAAAAAGGCUGGAAGGUGAUCAGCUAUGGCAUUCGGACGCAGCCAGGAAAGGCGUUUGCAACUGCGUCGAAAUCCUCAGAGCGCUCGGUCUCGGAGCCACGCUGGGACGGCGCCGUUCGAAGUCGUGUCGCGCCCACAUGGCAACCAUCAGAAGGACCAAGCAACGUACAAGCGAUUGUGAUUGCAAUGACUGAGAAAUCUGUGGCACUGAUCCUUUGCACGUGGCUGCCUUUGUGUGGAGUCCUCCACGCAGCGCAGCUGGAUGCGACCUUGCGAAGGAAGAAGGGCGACGAUCCCUUCAUCUUGAGGUCAGCGUAUCCAUCUACAAAAAUCCACACAGUGCACACGGAUUAUAGCGGAGCCCCGCCACCUUCGCCGGUGGACCAGACCAUUGCACGGCCACCCAUUGUGAACGGUGAUCCUUACAGCGAGCCCGUUUGGGUGGACGCCUCCAUGGCUCAAGGCACCGCGUUUGGUUCGCAACUGCAUCUCCUCUGCCUGACAUGCAGUGGGCAAGAGUGGCCCUUGCAGGUGUCGGACUUCUUGGACACUUGCAAGCAGUCAGACAUGGAUGGUGUGCCCCAGCCACACAACGUCCUCCUGUCAAAAGGGCUGCUGCACCAGUGGAAUCCAGCUAUGUUUGUUCUAUUUGUUUCACACCAGUGGCUUGGCGCGAGACAUCCCGAUCCCUAUGGCCAGCAUGUGACAAUUCUGCGGCACGCGCUGCAUGGGAUGAUCAGCGGGUCUUUGCAGGUGGAGGAAGACUUGAUUUCCAUGCCAAGUGGGAAGGAGUUGACCACUCGGACGCGAAAGCAGAUUGCGAAUGGGUACCUGUUUCUGGACUGGUUUGCGAUCCCCCAGAUCACAGCUCGGCAGGCCGGUGUGAAUGAAGAAGCAACGAGGACAGAUGCCGCAUUGGCAGUGAAGAGUAUACCCUCCUACGUGGAGCUUUCAAACCUGUUCGUGGCUUUGGUGCCGGAGCUUCUGCACACAGACACGAAAGUGCUGUGCAACUACACAAGUUGGCUGUCGAGAGGCUGGUGUAGGGCCGAAUGGUGGUGCCACCUGCUCUCCAACAAGCCCGACACCAGCGUGAUUGUAGUGUACUCUCCACGGGAGGCAGAAUUCAUGUUCCCCCUAAACUGGCAGCAGCAUAUUGUCGUCGAGGGCAACUUCACAGUGGAAAGUGAUCGGGAGACGGUGGUGAAGCUUGGGGAGGCGGCACUGGAUAGCAAAAUCAACUACCUGUCGGCUGCAGGGCCAUUGAGUUUAUACCGCUACUACCUGGCACACCGACCCAAGUUGCUGGGCCAACACAAGGAGACCUUUGACUUGGACAUGCUUCUGCAGACCUUUCGCUACCAAAGCCUGCAGGAUGCCGUAAAGGAUGAGAGCAGUGUGAAUGCUCUUCUCUGCGCCAUCUUCGCUGGCGACAUUGGAUUGGUUAGAUUGCUCGUGGAGCACAGGGCCGAUGUGAACCGGAGGUUAACGGGCCUAACCAGGCUCGGCUACUCUGAUAGCCAGACCCUGCUUAUGGCAGCCAUCAAGUCGCAACAAGAGCCGCAGAUGCUGUCAACUCUUAUCGAGCUCCGGGCAGAUGUGCAUGCUACCACCCGGGUUGGCCUGGGUUGCGCAUACUUGGUGCGAACGCCCAAGCAACUGCAAGUGCUCAUUGAAGCCGAAGCUGAUCUGCACACAUCACAUCUACCCAUGGGCUUGAGCCCACUGUGCGGUGCUGCCGUGUGGUCUUGCCCAGAGACCGUUGCCAAAAUGUUGCAAGCACGCUGUGACCCCAAUCCGAAGCCCACUGGAGCAGGCUACUUUCCACUUCAUGCAGUGGCCCUGCUGUCUCGUGGCCGAGCAUGUGCAGUGGACGUUGCGCGUGUGCUCCUUGAGGGCCGGGCGGAUCCGAACGCACAGGCGAGCCCCAACGGCAAAUUCUUGUUUGCAGCGCGUCUGGCUGGCGCCUACUCGAAGGUCGUUGGUUUUGCGUCCUGCUCUAUAGCGACAAAGACGUUGGCGAGCUUACCUGGUCUGACACCGCUUGGGGCAGCUGCGCUGGUCGGGGAUGAAGCUUUGUCCAAAACUUAUUUGGAGAAUGGGGCAGAGAACAUCGCUAAUGAGAGAGGCGGCGAAUGUCGCUCUGAGGAUUCGGAAGUGCAAUUUAUGCGAGACACAAAUAGCAGAGGCGCAGCGGCCGCCUCUGACACUGCCAGCUCCAGCAAGUCGUCAGCUUCCGCAGAUGCAUCUGCAAACGACACCGGCGCAGCGGCCGCCUCUGACACUGCCAGCUCCAGCAAGUCGUCAGCUUCCGCAGAUGCAUCUGCAAACGACACCAGCGAGAAUCAGACUGCAGGAUCUGCAGGGAGUUCCAGUCGAAGUUGA